CGAUCACAUCCACACGCGCUGCCCCAUCUCUGCGCGAGGACACAACCGAGACGCUCAGUGCGCUACAACACGCUUCUGUGCGCAACACCGACUCCACACCUGUCUGGCAGUUUGGACAAAACUUGGUACCUCCAGAGUAUGGUUUAAUGUUUUAUAAAAGCAAGAAGACAACAUAGCACAUAAACUUGGAGGACAGCGUGUUUAAAACGUAAGAUUAGGGGAGAAAUCCCUGCGGAAACCCGUAUCAACCCAUCGGAGAGCAAUAAGGCAAUGGAGCGCAAAACGCACGCAAAUCAUUGACGGCUUUAUAACGGAAUACGCUCCAACCGGUUUAUUAAAACCUCUUAUCCAAGUUCAUCUGAGAAAGACAGGCUUUUUAUCACAAAGCAAGACUUUUUAUGCGUAUCUGAAAUAGAUCAUAUGCACAGUUGGCAAAUGCUGCGCGCAAUGGGCUCAGUUUCAAUACAACUGAAUCUGGAAAUCUGUGCAUUGUAAAGAGAAAAAGUGGUUAUUUUGUUUGUUUUUCUCAGUCUGAAUUAUUCGUAUUUGUACCCUGAAGGACGAUCACUAGUUGAACUCGGGUCGCUGCUUCCAAGACAGCACAUUUCGGCAUUUCGGAAAGAUGGAUUUCUUACUAUCUCACUGUGGAAUUGCAUUUAUCUUGUGCUUUGUUCUUCAAGUCAGCGCAGAGGACGGUGAAACAUGUGGAGGCCACCUGGAUGCUAGCGAAGCUGGUUACAUUACUUCACCAGGUUAUCCUUUGGAAUACCCUCCCCAUCAGAGCUGCCAAUGGGUGAUUAGCGCACCUGAACCCUCACAGCGUAUCGUGCUAAACUUCAACCCCCACUUUGAGUUGGAAAGACUGGAUUGCAGGUAUGACUUCAUAGAGAUCCGAGAUGGGAAUUCAGAGUCUGCUGACCUGCUGGGAAAGCACUGCAGUAACAUCGCUCCCCCUGCCAUCAUUUCCUCUGGUCCCGUCAUCCACAUCAAGUUUGUGUCUGAUUACGCACACCAGGGUGCCGGCUUCUCUCUGCGCUACGAAAUCUACAAGACUGGUGCCGAGCACUGUUUCCGUAAUUUCAGCUCUUCAACCGGGGUUAUUGAAUCUCCUGGUUUCCCUGACAAGUACCCUCACAACCUGGAGUGCUCCUUUAUCAUCAUUGCUCCACCUCAGACGGAGGUCACGCUCACCUUCCAGACCUUUGACCUGGAAAAUGACCCUCUGCUGAUGGGGGAGGGAGAAUGCAAGUACGAUUGGCUGGAUGUGUGGGAUGGCUUACCACAAGUGGGACCCCUGAUUGGACGAUACUGUGGGACGAAGAUUCCUCCAGAGAUCCAGUCUUCAAUGGGUCUUCUGUCACUUUCCUUCCACACUGAUAUGGCUGUGGCUAAAGAUGGUUUCUCUGCCCGCUACAACAUGACUCACAAGGAAGUUAGUGACACAUUUCAUUGUAGCAAUGCGUUUGGAAUGGAGUCUGGUAAAAUCUCAGAUGAUCAAAUUUCGGCCUCCACUUCAUUUUAUGAUGGCCGCUGGCAGCCCCGUCAGGCACGUCUGAACAACGUGGACAACGCCUGGACACCCAGUGAGGACAGCAACAAAGAGUACAUACAGGUGGAUCUUCAGUUCCUUAAGGUUCUGACUGGGAUCGCUACACAAGGAGCCAUCUCCAAGGAGACUCAGAAGUCCUACUACAUCACCACCUUCAAACUGGAAGUGAGCACUAAUGGAGAGGACUGGAUGAUCUACCGCCACGGCAAAAACCAUAAGAUUUUCCAUGCCAAUACUGACCCAUCUGAGGUGGUUCUGAACCGGGUUCCUCAGCCUGUUCUUGCCCGCUUUGUUCGUAUUCGACCGCAGACGUGGAAUAAUGGAAUCGCACUACGAUUCGAGCUUUAUGGUUGCCAGAUUACAGAUGCUCCUUGUUCUGAACUCCAGGGAAUGCUUUCUGGGCUCCUCCCUGAUUCCCAGAUCUCAGCCUCAUCAGUUAGGGACCUCCACUGGGCCCCCGGAGCAGUGCGUCUGGUGGCCAGCAGAUCAGGGUGGUUCCCUGGACCAGCUCAGCCUAUUGCUGGGGAAGAAUGGCUUCAGGUGGACCUUGGGAUUCCAAAGACAGUGCGAGGAGUGAUAACCCAAGGAGCACGAAGUGGAGAGGGAGGGACCAGCUCUGAGAACCGGGCUUUUGUCCGGAAGUACCGACUGGCACACAGCCUUAAUGGGAAAGACUGGAACUUUGUGAUGGACAGCAAGACUAGUAUGCCUAAGCUUUUUGAAGGGAACACACACUAUGACACCCCAGAACUGAGACGUUUUGAGGAGGUUCCUGCCCAGUUUAUCCGUAUCUAUCCAGAACGAUGGUCUCCUGCUGGUAUUGGAAUGAGAAUGGAAGUCUUAGGCUGCAACCUGCCAGAAACUUCCACACCAGCUAUAGAGACAACCAAACCAACUCAGCCUUCCUCUGUGGAAGCCAGCACCACCCAUAAACCCAGCCCAGUUACCAGCGCUGUUAUGCCGUAUCACAGAGGCCUGUGUGAUUUUGAGCAAGGCUUGUGUGGUUGGACCCCUGACCUGGAGUCUGACCUCAGCUGGCUUCUACACAGCUCCAGCAAAACCAUCGCCUUGGGUCAGAGUCAAGACCUCUCCAUGGGCUCCAGCAAUUUGGGAAACUAUCUGUACAUUAAGGCCAGUCCUGAGACCCAGGGCCAGAAAGCUCGGCUGUUAAGUCCCAGUGUGGAUCCAGACAGCGGACCUCUCUGCCUGAUUUUUUCGUACCAGCUGGAGGAUCAGGGAACCCUGAGGGUUCUACUGCAGAACAAACACCAGGAGGAGACCCUCCUCUGGGCCCUUCAAGGAGACCAGCAGCCCAUCUGGAAGGAAGGACGUACCAUCAUACCUCGGUCUCCAAACGAAUUUCAGGUUGUAAUCGAAGGGUAUUUUGAGGGUACCAAAGGCCACAUCUGGAUAGAUAACAUCCAUAUGAGUGUUAACACACCACUGGAGGAAUGUACUCAGCCUUUUGCGGCAUUUCCCCCGGACAUGACCGGGGGAGCCCUACCUGGCAAGAGUGAGCCAACGGUAGAUACGCUGUCAGUACCAUCCACUUUGCCCAACUGGUAUUACAUAAUGGCCGGUGGAGGUGCCAUCUUGUUCCUGGUCAUUGUCAUUCUUAUGGCCGUUUGCUGUCGCCGUCUUACGGCCAGGAGGAACCAACCCACAAUGGCCUACUACAGUCCCCACAAUGCACAUUACCCAAAUGGUGGUAUGCAUAGGGCUGGGGUGACGCCCAAGUUAACUGUAUGGGUUGAGAAAGGUGAUGGAAACUCCUACUGGUGAGAGGUCUGGACUUGUUAGAUAUUUGCCUGCCAUGUUGACUUCAUGAAAGAAGCCAAACAGACAACACUCAGACUGAAGAGUUGGUUUUCUUAGAGAAAAAAUACAAAGAAUUACUCCAAGAGGAUUGUGGUAUCAUCCUGUACCAUUGGAGGCUGUAUUUGGAUGCAUCCAAGCGAUACCAAAAUUUUCAGUUCCUCGUUUUCUUGUUCUUUUUUGUCGAUGUCUUUUUCUUUCCUGAAUACUGACUAUUGGGCUCAAGGAAGCCCUUGUCUUACUGGUGUGCUUGUUUACUACAAAUCAUCUAGCCAGCUCAUACUUAUUUGCUGUCUGGAGGGACCUUCUCUAAGAACAGUUUGGAAUCCAGCCUGAUGAUGUACGCCAAGCCAAGAGGAUGUUACAAAUGACCUUAAUCACCAAUCCAGAACUAAUUUGAGUCAAUUUUCUGUACUUACGUUAAAUCAGUGGGAUUGUAAAGUGUCAGAACAUUGGUGAACACAAGAGUUAAGAGCUGUCUGAUGCAAUCUUUGCACUUACUACCCCUACAUUGAUUGCGAAUAGCUCUUUACCUUAUUAUAGUAGAACAUGGUAACAGACCAUUAAUGAAAGAGUUAAUGCUUGAGACAUCAGGAAGCUUUCAGAAAAAUUACAGCAUAUGGAGGGAACUCCAAUAAUGAGAAUGUGCUUUGAGGAUGUCUUAGCACUUUUUUUUUUAUUACAAUGCAAGCAUGAUAUAAUUAGUAAUAAGGGCAGAGAAGGUAUUGCAAAUACGCUAAAAAGGUCAAACUGAUUUGUGCAUGUAAACAACCUAAGUCUGAUAAAUGGAGAGUCCACCUAAGAUAUUAUGAACAAAGUAGUACCACUAUGUUCUUGUCAUGAUGAACAUUGUUUUAAAGUCAACAUGAAAUCAAAAUUGACCCUAUUUAUUUUCUUAAUACACGUUCCUAGUCUAAUCAGUCUAACAAUACCACUUUUCACAAUAUAAUACAUUCUCAAUUGAUAAAAUCAAGGUCCCGUCCUACCUUUUUUCUUUACUGAAUAUUUCGUUUUAUUCGGAAAUUCAUCACAUAAUGGAAGUAAAAUGGAUUGUGAAUAUUUCAUGUUGACAGUAAACAGUGUUUCAGGUAUGGUUGCAUUUCAAUGAAGUGCUACACUCAAACGAAGGGAUGUCAUUACAUUGAGAUAAAAGAGACUUAUGGGUAUGGGAAGUGUUGGAUAUGAAAGUCUUCAUGUUUUUUUUUUUCAUUUCUGUCUUCGUAUCUAGUUCUGGCAGUAUCUAGGUUCUUCCUUUGUAUCUCACAUUUCUUACAUUUUUGUCAGAGAACCCCACAAAACUGCGUAGGCGUGUGUUAUUCUGACCAAACGCUUGCUGGUGUUAUGGCUCCAAAAACAAGUCCCAUAAAAGACAGCUUUUCCUUCUCCGUCUCUUAGCAAUGAGGAAGUGAUGUGAGAACUGGGCUGGGAGAGAACUUUGUGCAGAUAUCAAAACCUGGAAGCAAUUUUGGUUCACUGAAGCGUCAUGAAACUUCAAGAAUGAUUAGCAAUGAAAGGUGUCCAAGGCUACCAUAUGCUGAUAUGUUGAUUCAAUGAUUACAUUGAGUUGUCAUUCAAUUUAAUAGGUAAUAAAUAAUCAGUUCUCUGUUAGGACAUGCAUCGAUUCGCUACACUUGCAAAAAAGUACUGUGGUGAGUACUAUGAUACCAUGGUACUGUUUGAUUACCAUAUUCAAAUAUAAGUACUAUAAAGUACUUUAAAUAAGAAUAUGGUAUUACUAUCAUUGUAGUGUCCAAACACCAUGGUAUUACAAUGGCACCAUGUUAAAAAAUAAAACACAAAAAUAACUUUUAGGAGUAAUAUCUCACAAUUAGAACUUUCCUUUCUUUAAAGAAAAAGUUCACCCAAAAAUUUUAAAUUACUUUUACUUUCAUUAUCUGGAAAACAAUGAUGUUAACCUUCUGCCUAACAUCUCAUUUUGUGUUCCAUAUGGUUUUGGAAUAUGAGGGAAUAGAGUAAAUUAAGACAAAACGUUUUCAUUUUUGGGUGAACUAUCACUUUAAGACUGUUCGAAGGAAAUACUGCAGAUCUAGAAUCAGCAGUUAAGGGUCUGUGAUAUAGAAAGGUGGAUAAGAAGAAGAGAAAUAUAGAUGCUCUUGGCUCCUUGGGGACUUUUUUAGUGCUAAUUCCUGCCGUGAGGUCGUAAGAGAUUUUUUGGCACUGUCAUGCAAUGUGCUUUUAAAGCAGAUACUUUCUCACUCUUUUUUUUUCAUAAACUGUAAACCCCCCUCAUUUCAUCACACGUUUUUUUUUCUUCACUCUUGAAUAUUUUUUAAUUAGCUAAUGGACCAGAUUUUAUUUAUUGAAGCUGCUAAUGGCGUUCCAGUCCACGCCUCUUGUCUUGCAACUUGUCAAACUGCUCAUACGCUCUCUCGAGAUCUCAAACGUCACCCAGUGAGGUUUAAUGCCAAACAGCCAUUCUUCUCUCCUUUCAAUUGUAUCAUAUUCACCACUUUGAUAAAUGUCUAAUAAAGCAAAACAGUUUUGGGUGAAUUUAUUUAACUGCUGCACUACUUUUGUUGACAGCAUUUUGGCUCAAAAACUUGCGUCUUAUUCACUAAACAGUUAACUUGGCGCUAAAUGUGCUAAACAGUGUUGGGUAAGUUACUCAGAAUAUCCUCUACAAAUUACUAAUUACUUCUUUAAUAAUUUAAACAGAUUAGUGUACUGAUGACUUCAUCUAUAAAUUCAUCACAUUACGAAUUGUUUUACUUUUAAGUUAUUUUUUAAAUCACUUUUCCUAGAAAAGUGUUUGGAUUUCCACUCAUUCAAAAUGUCUAUAUUUUCUCCUCAUUUAUUGUCCCACAAACAUGCUACAAACAAUACCCCAUAAUGACAAUGUGAAGUUUGUUUGAAAAAAAAAUAACAUGUACAUAAGUAUUCACAGCCUUUGCUCAAUACUUUCUUGAAGCACCUUUGGCACCAAUUACAGCCUCAAGUCUUUUUGUGUAUGAUGCUACAAACUUGGCACCCUAUUUUUGGGCAGUUUCUCCCAUUCUUCUUUGCAGGACAUCUCAAGAUCCAUCAGGUUGGAUGGGGAGCGUCAGUGCACAGCCAUUUUCAGAUCUCUCCAGAGAUGUUCAAUCGAGUUCAAGUCUGGGCUCUGGCUGGGCCACUCAAGGACAUUCACGGAGUUGUCCCGUAGCCACUCCUUUGUUAUCUUGGCUGUGUGCUUAGGGUCGUUGUCCUGUUGGAAGAUGAACCUUCGCCCCAGUCUGAGGUCCAGAGCGCUCUGGAGCAGGUUUUCAUCAAGGAUGUCUCUGUUCAUUGCUGCAUUCAUCUUUCCCUCGAUCCUGACUAGUCUCCCAGUUCUUGCCGCUGAAAAACAUCCCCACAGCAUGAUGCUGCCACCACCAUGCUUCACUGUAGGGAUGGUAUUGGCCAGGUGAUGAGUGGUGCCUGGUUUUCUCCAGGCAUGACACUUGCCAUACAAGUCAAAGAGUUCAAUCUUUGUUUCAUCAAACCAGAGAAUUUUGUUUCUCAUGGUCAGAGUCCUUCAGGUGCCUUUUGGCAAACUCCAGGUGGGUUGUAAUGUGCCUUUUACUGAGGAGCGGCUUCCGUCUGGCCACUCUACCAUACAGGCCUGAUUGGUGGAGUGCUGCAGAGAUGGUUGUACUUCUGGAAGGUUCUCCUCUCUCCACAGAGAAAAGCUGGAGCUCUGUCAGAGUGACCAUCAGGUUAUUGGUCACCUCCCUGACUGAGGCCCUUCUCCCCCGAUUGCUCAGUUUGGCCAGGCAGCCAGCUCUAGGAAGAGUCUUGUUGGUUCCAAACUUCUUUCAUUUACGGAUGAUGGAGGCCACUGUGCUCAUUGGGCAGACAAUUUUCUGUACCUUUCCCUGGAUCUGUGCCUUGAUACAAUCCUGUCUCAGAGGUCUACAGACAAUUCCUUGGACUUCAUGGUUUGGUUUGUGCUCUGACAUGGACUGUUAUCUGUGGACCUUAUAUAGACAGGUGUGUGCCUUUCCAAAUCAUGUCCAAUCAACUGAAUUUACCACAGGUGGACUCCAAUCAAGUUGUAGAAACAUCUCAAGGAUGAUCAGUGGAAACAGGAUGCACCUGAGCUCAAUUUUGUGUGUCAUGGCAAAGGCUGUGAUUACUUAUGUACAUGUGAUUUUUGUUUUUUUUUGUUUUUUAUUUUUAAUACAUUUGCAAAGAUUUCAAACAAACUUCUUUCACAUUGUCAUUAUGGGGUAUUGUUUGUAGAAUUUUUAGGAAAAUAAUGAAUUUAAUCCAUUUUGGAAUAAGGCUGUAACAUAACAAAAUGUGGAAAAAGUGAAGCGCUGUGAAUACUUUCUGGAUGCACUGUAUGCCUUGGACUGUAAUCUGAUUACAAGAAUUUAAGAUGUAACGCAGUCCAAUACUAUUAUUUACUUCAAAAUAAAUAGAUGAGAGUUACUAAUUACUUUGUAAUCGAAUACACCCAACACUGGUAAAAUAGUGCUUUGCCAUACGUUUUUUUAAUUACAUCAUUGUCAUUCUUUUCGGCGCCAACAAACCUCCAUUCUAUGUAAAUUUCACUCAUUAUAGAUUGCACUUUAUUUUAUCAAUAUAUUUUUGAGCUUUUGAUAAUUUGUGUGCUUUCCCAUUCACUUAGUUGGCCAUCUGUUUAACUGUCUGGUGUAAUAGUGCUGGGAGACCACAAGAGGGUGAUAUACCAUUAACUGUAGUCGGUUGCGGUCACGAUCACACACAGGACGAGUUGAUGCGGCACAGGAGAUUGCAGUAAAAAGUUGUACUUCUUCAAGAAUGAACAAAGUGACGUUGAUUUUGCAGGUUAAUGCGCAAACUGAACGAUUAGAAAUGGCAAGGUUUAUUAAGCAAUUUCUGUCUGUAUGUAGCCGGUCUUUCAUUCAAGCUGUCAAACCACAAAACAACAUACUUGUAACUGAAAAUACGUUGUGUAGGCUCUAUGAAAGAUACAUGUUCAUACUAGAUCUACUAGUGAUGGCUUAGAGUAAAUAAUCUUUGUCCUUUGAUAAUGAUUUGGGUCGAAGUUAAUGGAGUUGGCUAUGUGAGUUGAGCUCCGCGGCAGCGCAGAAUGUUAACGCUGAGUGUUGACAGUGUGUUCGUACCUUUGUAGAAAAGAAACAGAAAAUAUUUUUAAAAUGCGCCAUGUCGUCUGCCAGAUGUAUUUAAUUUACUCUGGGUAGCUUAGCAAGUAUUGACACUGACUACCACCCCUGGAGUAGCGAGUUCAAAAAAAGUGUUUUCCAGUGUUUCCAGGAGUCUGCAUCCUCCACAAUCUAGCACUCAGAACCAACUCGCAAACUGGGACAUGUGUACCUUAUUUGCAUUAGUGAUUUAGUAAACGGGGCGGUAAAACAAUGCAGUCAGUACGUGCAAAUGACGCUAUCAGUGAGCACGAAUAAUUCUUAGUGUAUUCCCCCUUUUCAGGAUUGCAUUUGAUAUUCACUUUCCUACAGAUGUCUCCAUGGACCCAAAUAAUGCUACUUUUAGUCACAAGCAUCUCGGUUUGUUGAAGAUUCAACAACAUUCUCAUUGGCGAUUGUGAGUUUUGUAGAAUAAAUCGCUCACAAUAAAUCCCGUCAAACUACCGUUUCAUAUCAAGUUCUCACAUUGAUUUCUCUACUUUCAGAUGCAGCAGGCUCCAGUUAAGACAUUUUUGGAACAAAGUGACAAUGUUCCAUAAAGCCAUUUGAAAUUAAUUGGCCUUUAUUUUAUCGCAAAUCUUACUUAGGUGGUGGAGAUGAUUAUGCUACAGAUUAUGACUUUAAUCGUGUUUAAAAUGAUGAUGACGAGGAUGAUAAUGCACUUUGCUUUAUGAAAGUACCUUCUAACUGUGGUCAGCCUAUACCUCACAAACUUUGAAAUUAGUAAAUUGUUUAAAAUACGAAUGUGAACAGAAUAUUUUUGCUUGAUGAAUUUGUGGCUUGAAAUUCUGCUUUUAAAAUGUGACAAUAAAAUCAUAUUUUUCUAAUCAGCAAUUCUUUGUAUCCCUAUUUAUACCAUCAGUGCAGUAACAAUAGACAUUGCCCUAUUUUCACUGCUAAGUUUGAGUGUGCUCUAAUGUGUAAUUGUGUAAUGUGUAACAAUGUGUAAUGUGUGCUUUGUUUAGUAAUUAUGUAGAACACAUAAACAUGUUUUUAUCUGUACUCUGUAAUUAUGUAACAUUUCAUACGAUUCCUUAAUAAUUUCUUGUUAAGCCUUGAGUCUCAAAUUACACUUAUUUAGAUCUUCAUCUGUCCAAGGCCACAUCCACACUAAUCCGUUUUCAGUUUCCUAACAUCAUCAUUUUCCAAAGUAUGCAGGAAUGGAAAGCAUGUUUCGAAACAAGUCGUUUUUGGUAGAGGAAAACGGCAUUUUAGUGUGUAUGUGGGCCAUAAACAUAGCUAAAUUAAUGUGUUUUUAAAUGAAAACGUAUUAGUGUCAACGUGGCCUAAGGUCUGAAACAUUCUCUGCACAAGUACGGGAAUGCAAAAGCCAUUCAUAAUGCAGCGCACAUCUAUGGUUAGUUUUCUAUAUUCAUGACAGAGCAACUGUUGAAGUUAUCAACAUGUUUGUAGCCAGCUAUAUGAAAUACAAUUAAAAAUAGUUCUCCAAGCACUCACAGCUGCAUUUGCGUACUUGCGUACAGUAUGUUUCUGUCAACUAUUACAUUUUCAUUUGAGCA